AUGCCUUCCAUCAACACAACGCCAAGCAGCGACUUGUCGAAACGCCGACGCUUCCAACCGCCUAUCACGACCUUUUUCACUUCUGCCUCAGAACCAGUGUCCUCAAAUACACCUGUAGUGUCACACCAUCACCAUUAUGCCGCAGAAACCUUCUCUGCCCACCCCGUUGUGCCCGCCAAAGUUCAGUCCUCACUUCUGUCCGUCGGAAUGCGGGUCCGAAAAUCUGUCGCAGACGGAUAUAGAACCCACAUGUCCAAGACAGAAGAAAAGGCCCCACUCGCUGCAACUGUUCCUCAGCACCCUCGCGCUCAACCUUACCAUGCCAGCAGACGCUCAGAGCUGUUGCCGUUUUCUGGCACUGGGAAAUCCUCCAGCCACGAUGACUACCUCGUCACCGACGAUGGUGACGCAUACUCGAUCCCACCAAGUAGCCAAGACUCAGUUGUGUCACUUGCUUUGGGCGGUCAAAAACGGGCUUUGGAAUUAGAUAACGAUAUUCUCGCCGAUGAGGAUGUCGACGAAUCCUUCAACAACUUCGGCCGAUCCUGGCACGAGAACUCAUACGGACGGACCAUCCUUUCACCCAAUUUGGGCCAAAGUCGCCGAAUUCUCGCUGUGCGUCAUAGCAAGAUUGAACAGCCCACCAUGGACAUGGAUGACUUUGAGGAAGCUACCUUCCUCCGCCGCCGCGAGGAAGUCGAUGCGGAGGAUGUGCGAAUGUACGGUGCUUGA